AUGCAACAUGAAGACGUUCAAAAUCAAGAACGCACAAAGGCACGUCGCUUCGCGCCAGAGCCGAUCGAGCAGAGUACUCGGAGUAACAAAGGAACCCAAUCAACGCCAAAAAUUGAUGCCACAAAGCCUCGACGAUUUGUGCCACAGGUAGUGGAGCAGGAGUCAAGGAGCAACCGGGAAGGGUCUGAUGCGAAAGAACAAGAUGCGAAACCCAAGGCAAGACGCUUUGCACCACAACCUGUGGAAACAUCAUAUUCUAGCAGCAAGGGCAAGGGCAGCAAGGCCAAGUUUCUCCCUGAGCCCAUUGAGUCGUCUUCGCGCUCAAACCGCUCAGGCCCCAAGAAGGACGCCAAUCGGAAGUUUGCACCUGUGUUGAUAGAUACUGCCAAGCGUACGCGCAAAGCUGGAAGUGAUUCACAGAUAAACCCGCAAGAUUAUCGCACGGAGUAUGGCCAUACUAUUCACGCUAGUGAGCAUCGGCGACACGUUGCAAAGAAGAAGGCGCUUGUCGAAGAUGAUUCACAUCAGGCUCGGCGGAACCCGAUUGGACAUUCGAUUGAUUUUGCCGAUCUUCCAAGACGCCCGCCAUCGCCUCUGGACGGCAGCGCCCCUGCAAGAUUGUCGGUUCUUGCGCCGGCUCGGAAUCAUUCCUUCCGUUGUCCUGACCUCGAUACCAUCGAAAGCUCAGAGAGCGAACGCGAGUCGACACCAUCAUCCUUGUCCUGCAGUCCCGGACAGGGCUCUCCGUUGACUGCUUCGGACACAUCCUUUACCGAUUUCUACAAACAUGCCACCCGGAUCCGAGAAAGUGUCGAUGAAAAUUUCUCACACUACCUUCUCCAAUUGGAGGCUAAAAAGGCCCAAGAGCGGAUGCGUGAGCAAGCCCUGGCUGCCUUUCCGAACUCGGAUUUCCACGAACCAGUUCAGCAUUAUGUGGAUGACGGCCAAGAGAGCGACGAAUUUGAAUAUGAAGACCGUGUUGUGACAUGGGAUGGCUUUGACGAAGACGGGCUUCUCACACUCGUACGACGACGUGAUAGCACCAAAUUGUCCUGGGAACAAAUGGAACUGCAACGCCACGCAGAGCGGAUGGAGCAGGAUCGAAAAGCCAAUGGUGUUACCAACAUGCGUGAAUCAAGUCGUUCACCAUGGUGGAAUCCUGUUCAUGGAGGCACCAUCCACGACUCUGAUGCACAGAUGCGCUCUAUGCGUGAUCGUGCUCGGCCACCUAUGCUUGGUCGGGACUUGGUCUUCCCACGCUGUCCGUCACCAGAACCUGCACGAUUCGAUGUGACGCAAGGUUCAAGCGUCUUGCGCAAGCAAAUGAGCUCUCGACUCGGUUCCAACGAGGAGGAGUCCGCCGUCCCGAGUCUCUGGGCCGCCUCAGCAGCCGCAAAGAAGUCUUCUGGCGACAAGCGCAUAGGACUUUGGGGAGGCUUUUGUGCUGCCACCGAGGAAGGUGGAGUUACAGGAGGUCUUGCGCCGCCUCUUGGACCGACAGGUCUUAUGACUCCUCGUGAUGAGCCCGCCAAUCCGUUCGAACAAUCUUUUGCCAAAAGCCGGACGCUUGGCGGACUGAAUAGUGGCGACGCAAGCCAUGGCAUGAUCGCUACACCGCCGACACCGCCGGCAGAAGUUCGCUCUGCACCCGGUAUUGCCGGUAUCGAUACUAUCCUCGUCACGGACUACGAAAACGAACGCGACAUCACUGUCUCAUAUCCGGACAACUUUAUCACUCAAGUUUUCAACUACCUAUCACUGGGCUAUCCUGCCCUCGCAAGGCCGUUCGACGAGGAGCUUGCUAAGAUCUCGCGUAUCUCGAUCGCAGAAUUGCGUCAGGAUGAUGUCCGAGCCCGUCAGAGUCCUCGCGGAUACAUCCGCCUCGGCCAGGAUUUUGAAGGCGGCGGCGGAGAGGAGGUAGUCAGCGAGACUGAAUGCGUAAGGUGGCGCGCACUCAAGCUUUAUGUCUACGAAUGGGCACGCCAGGAGAAGAACAUGGUCGCAUCGCCAAUCGACUCCGGCGCUGCUGGCGCUGUUCAGCACGGCGCUGUGAUUGAGAGGCGAGGAUCGUGGGGUAUUUAG